CCACCCCGACUACAUUUCCCAGCAGGCACCGCGGGAGAUAGAGGAAAGCUUCCCAGCUUGCAGCGCGGCUGCCUCCUCACCGCCCCACUGGCUGCGCUGAGCGCUCGCCCCGCCUCCCCGUGCGCCGCGGGUCUCCGGGGGGCGCCGCGGUGCUGGUGCUGCAGGGCGGCGGCGGCGGCGGCGGCGGCGGCGGCGGGGCCCGGGCGGGUGGGGGCGCUCGGUGCCGGCGGGGAUGGGACGGGCGGGCGGGCCGCUGCCCCGCCGGGGGGCGCCGCGGGUAUAGGAUAAGACCUUUCCAGAAUAAUAAGCAUGGUUCGAGAACGAAAAUGCAUAUUAUGUCACAUUGUGUACAGCUCAAAAAAGGAAAUGGAAGAACACAUGAGAAGCAUGCUUCACCACAGAGAACUUGAAAACCUGAAGGGAAGGGACAGCAACCAUGAGUGCCAGGUGUGCAGGGUGACAGUGGUGGGCUUGUCAGCAUAUGCCAAGCACAUCUCCAGCCAGCUGCACAAAGACAAUGUUGAUGCCCAUGAUAAAGCAGAAGAGAAAGAGGAGGCAGAAGAAGAAUACCUUGACAAAGAACUCAUUCAACUAAUCAAGCAAAGGAAGGAACGGAACCGGCAAGCUGAAGCAUGCUGUGCAAACCAAGAAUUAGAAUGUGAUGAUAGGAGAUCACAGAGAAGGCGAGAAGAAAGAGCUGCAUACAAAGAAAGAGAAGCUUAUGAUCAGUCUUCGUGGCAUCAUCAUAAUGCAUCACAAAGAGACUGGAAAUGGGAAAAGGAUGAUUAUAUUAGUCCUAGACAAGGAAAAUUUUCACACUCUCAGAGGAACCUUAAUAUAAACAGGCAUCCAGGUGGCCCAAGGGGACGCUCUGGGUGGCACCAAAAUGUUUCAGGAAGCCCUUCAAAUCGGCAUAACUAUGGGAAUUCUGGAAGUGUUUGGCAUCCAAGUGGGCGAGGAGGAGCAACAUUAAAUUGGCAUCACAGUGGCAGGGGGAGAAAUUCUACUUGGCACUCAGAAGGAACGGGUAAUUUUUCUAGCUGGAAUUCCAAGAGUUAUGGAGGAAACUGGAAGUCCAAUCCUCAUGGUGCAAAUAGCUGGAAAUUUGGAAGCUCUGGAGAUGCAUAUUCAUUAGAGCCAAUUAAAUAUAAUAAGGAAAGAUAUACGUGGCAGUGGCAGGAGAAGGACGUUAUCGAUGUUCUACCAUACAGAGAUCGAAGUAAUAGGACUGACUCACUUGAUUUACUAGUGAUAAACUUCCAAGUGAGGGGGCAUUGGAUUUUGGUACUUCCAAGCAACCAGAAAACAAAAUUUCAAGAAACAAUGGAAAAAGUGGGAGUCCUUCCAGAGAUAGAAUACAUCGCUGGACCCCCUACCCAUCCCAGAAAGCUGCAGAGCAGCAACCAUGGUCUGAAGAGAAUGUUUCUAAAACUCCAGGUAAAAUGGAUUCUGUGUUUAUACCUUUUACUGAAACAUCAAGUAAGGGAAAAACUUGUGAAGCCAGCGUGAGCCUCCCAAAACUUAAAAAAUGGGAAGCAUCUUCCCAUUCUAAUGUAACCC